AUGCCCGAAAGCAACCAACAAGACCAAGACCAAAAAGAAAUCUCCACAACGUUCGAAGUAGCUCCAGAUAUGAAUUUGCACAAUAGUCGAGAUCCUCUCAAUGAAAGACCGGGAAUCGAAGAUAAGAAACCUAUCAUUGAAGAACAUAUCACUGCGAUUGCUAAGCAGGAUGAUGAUGAGAUUGAUGAAAUGGAUCCUUCAUCAUCGGAGAACCACAAGGAGUCUCUCAAGCAGAAGAUUGGGAAAUAUCUUCCUGGUCAUCUUCCUGGUCAUCUUCCUGGUCAUCUUCCUGGUCAUCAUCAUGCCUCCUCCGACAGUGUAUCAAAGUCCGAACGCCCAUUAAAGUCCGAUGAUAACACCGACAAGGCCGACAAUGACAAUGAAGUGAACAUAAGAAAAAAAAACUCCACUUCUUCUUCGGAUUUUGAAGUUGUGGGGCUUAUGCCUUUGACUUCUCAAGGUUCAUCCCAUUCUUCUUCUUCCCAUUCUUCUUCCUCUUCCUCCUCUCACCGCCGGGGAAAAUUGAGUGGGAGACCGGAUUUGGAACGGCAUAUUUCUGGCAUUCCGGAGGAUGGUGAUAGUGGUGAUGAUAGUGAUGAUGAUUAUGGCGAGGAGGGUAGGGGUAUGAGGAGGAGAAGGGGAUGA